UUAAACUUUACAAACCAUUAAUCUUGUAUAUUCCAUAUAGAACCUGAAGCCGUCAUUAACCUUCGUGUCAUCGAUUUUAAUUCGACAUCUCUAUGGUUGUCUUGGAUGAGGGGAAGCCCCCUUGAAGUUGGGGGUUACAAAGUUACGAUCCAACCUCCUGGAAGAACAGUUGCCGUUACUAAAACCAGCCUUAUAGUGACGGGGCUUUCACCAGGCACCAUGUACAAUGUAUCUGUCAUAUCUAGAUGUGUGGACAACUUAUCUGUUGAGAGCGUGCCAGUAUCUAUACAACAUGCUACAGUCCCCUACGUACCACAAGGGGGCAACGUUCGCUGCGAGGUCAACGGACCACUUGAAGGCAACGCAGCGAUACGAACAUCUGUGAUUUCUAUGUCAUGGUCUCCACCGAUAGCCGGGGAUUGGGACGGAUUCGUGAUUGAUUAUUCACCUUACCAGUUCGAGAUCGGAACCUCGUACCCUCCGUCUCCCAUCGUUGUCGGGAGGAAUGUGUUCAGGGCAAAUAUCACCCUACCAGUAGCUGGUCGUAUUCUCACCAUUUACCUGAGAACUAAACGUGGGAACGUGUUGAGCGUGCCAAACGUGUUGGAUGCUAAUUGUGCUGAUGAAGCCGGUGUCGCCAUCAGAAGAUGCAGAAUCUCAACAGCCAUUGAACCACUCAGAUGGAAUAUUACAAUCACACUGAUUCGUAAUGAUACAUACAUGUUUAUACAGAUACCACACCACCCAAUGUGAGUAUAAGUUCACAGUAUA